UAAGUGUGGAUGCAAUCUUCAACCCAACCUGGCGACAGCAAUUCGGCUAACUUCACAUGCAGCGAGUCAAACACACAAAAGAGCCCGGGAAUAUUUAACCGCCGAAAGCAUAUUGAAAACAAAAUCAGCGACGGGGACUUAAAAGGUGCUUCCCGUCUCCUUUUUUCAAGCGAAUCGCUGUCGCCAGACAAUCCAGACACCCUUCAGGCCUUACAGACUAAACACCCUCCAGCUCCUUCAACCCCAUAUUCUCUCGACCCACCAACGGCUAGCCAGGUAUGUCUUCAAAUCAAUAGUAAAGAAACCCUCGAGGCCAUUAUUUCUUUUAAAACUGGAUCCGCAGCAGGCCUAGACGGAAUCUCACCCCAACAUCUAAAAGAUCUCAUUUCACAUUCAUCAGGCGAUGCUGGCAUACAACUGCUAAAUUCCAUAACAAAAUUAAUCAAUAAAAUGUAUACAGGAAACAUUAACCCUGACAUAGUCCCCAUUCUUUUCGGCGCCAACCUUAUCGCUCUGAACAAGAAAGACGGAGGGGUGAGGCCAAUAGCCGUUGGUACAACACUUCGACGUCUCGCAUCCAAGAUAGCAGUCCGGCACAUUAUAUCAAAAUUAAAACCUCUUUUCGAACCAAUACAACUAGGCUUUGGCACCAAAGGGGGGUGCGAAGCAGCCGUACACUCCCUGCGCACUUACCUCUCUAACACGACGUCCGAGGUUUUGAUCAAAAUUGAUGUUAAAAAUUCGGUAAACAGAGACACCCUGCUAACAGAAACUAAACAUAACAUACCCGAAAUUUACAACUAUCUCCUCCUAUCCUACGCAGACCCAACAAAAUUAUUAUAUCGCGAAAACGUGCUUUCUUCAGAAGUUGGCUGUCAGCAGGGUGACCCGCUCGGGCCGGCAAUAUUCUCUUUGGCAAUUAACCCUAUCAUCAAAAAACUAAAUUCCAAAUUUAACGUGUGGUACCUGGAUGAUGGAACCCUAGGAGGCGACGUAGAUACUGUUACUUCCGACCUGUCCACAAUCAAGACCGAGUUUAGGAACAUCGGUCUUGAAAUAAAUUUUAGCAAAUGUGAACUGUACAUUCCAAAUUCCAUCCCUAAUCACAAUAAUAUUGAAGAAAACUUCAACACCUUGACUCCGAACAUAAAAGUAGUUAACAGCGAGUCACUUUGCCUCCUAGGGUCUCCUAUUUUCGAAGACUCUUUUCCAAACUUUAUAGAAAAUUCAAUUUCCAAAUUCAAAAAAUAUUCAAAUCGCCUCCUCGAAAUAAGCCCUCAUUACGCAAUUACAAUCCUUAAAUUCUGCCUUUUUGUACCUAAAUUGACAUACGCCAUUCGCUGUAGCCCUAUCUGGAAAUUCGGAAACAUUAUUUUACCUUUAGACGACCUUAUCAAGUCAACCCUGGAAUCCAUUCUCAACAUCCAGCUCAGCGACCAUUCCUGGACCCAAGCAUCCCUACCCAUCCGUCAUGGUGGUCUAGGGAUCAGAAAAAUUUCUAGUGUAGCCUUGCCAGCUUUUUUGUCUUCAGUCCACAGCUCCGCAAGUCUCAUAGGUAAAAUCCUAAAGGGUCUUCCCUCAAACUAUGAGACUGCGGGCUUGGACGAAGCCAAGAAAGCUUGGUCAACUGCUUGCCCGAGCAAGGAUUUCCCAACUCAUCCAAAUUGUCAAAGGAGCUGGGACGACAUCAUGUGCCAAAUUUCAGUGGAUUCCCUCCUAAACCGUAGUACAGGCCGUGAACGGGCUCGACUACUGGCUUCGGCGUCCAAGGAGUCCGGGGAGUGGCUCCGGGCAUAUUCUUCUCCAAACACCGGAACCUUCCUCACGCCGGACACCCUCCGCAUCGCGACCUGUCUUCGGCUUGGAGUUCGCGUCUGUGCUCCACACAGGUGCCCCUGCGGCAGUGAGGUCGACGAAUUAGGACACCACGGGUUAUCCUGCCAAAAAAGUGCUGGCCGCUUUUCAAGACACGCUGCCCUGAAUGACAUAAUCCGCCGGUCUCUUGCAUCCGUCAACGUGCCAGCUCUACUGGAACCAACUGGCAUAGCCAGAGACGACGGCAAGAGGCCGGACGGUAUGUCCUUGGUUCCUUGGGGUUUGGGAAGGGUGCUAGUGUGGGACGCUACCUGUGUAGACACACUGGCCCCUUCCCACCUCACCGGAACCAGUAACCAAGCUGGUGCGGCGGCUAAAGCGGCCGAAAAGCUUAAAAUGCAUAAGUACAGGGGUCUCGGCCCCGAGUAUAUUUUUAUGCCAUUUGGGGUUGAGACCCUUGGCCCGUGGGGUCCUAGUGCCCUACAACUUUUUAAAGAGCUGGCAAAAAGAUUGAUCGACCUCACUGGUGACCGAAGAGCUGGCAGCUUUCUCGCGCAGCGUAUUAGCCUCGCUAUACAGCGGGGAAAUGCUGCCAGCGUCUUCGGCACCAUGCCAAAGGGGUCCAACUUUUUAGAUUUAUUUUAA